UUUCUCCCAUUGAAGCAGCAGCACAGUCACCACCGCAGCAAGCGACGCUGCUUGUCACCGGUAGCCCGGGAGACCUCCCUUCCCAGCAAGAUGGCGGAGAGCAGCGGGAGCCUGGAGACCGUGACCGAGCACGAAAGGAUCCUGCAGGAGAUCGAGAGCACGGACACUGCGUGCUUAGGGCCCACGCUACGCUCUGUAUAUGAUGACCAACCAAAUGCACACCAAAGAUUCAUGGAAAAGCUGGACGCCCGGAUUCGCAAUCACGACAGAGAAAUUGAGAAAAUGUGCAAUUUCCAUCACCAGGGUUUUGUAGAAGCAAUUAAUGAACUCCUAAAAGUAAGGGCUGAUGCCGAGAAGCUGAAGGUCCAAGUUACCGAUACUAACCGAAGGCUUCAGGAUGCUGGGAAGGAGGUCAUUGCAAAAACAGAAGAAAGCAUCCGAUGUAGAAUCCAGCAAAGAAAUAUUGCAACUGUCAUAGAUAAACUCCAGUUGUGCCUUCCAGUGCUGGAAAUGUACAGCAAACUAAAAGAACAAAUCAGCGGAAAGAGGUAUUAUUCUGCCCUGAAAACAAUGGAACAGUUAGAACACAUUUAUCUUCCUAAAGUGUCUCAAUACCGUUUUUGCCAACUAAUGGGCGAAAAUCUUCCAAAGCUUCGGGAGGAAAUAAAGGAGAUUUCCAUGUCAGGUCUGAAGGACUUUUUGGAGAGCAUCAGGAAGCAUUCAGACAAAAUUGGGGAAACGGCAAUGAGGCAGGCUCAACAGCAAAAAACCUUCCAGGUUGCCUUGCACAAAAAAACCAACAUGAAUAUUAAAAAAAACAAGUAUAUCCUGAAUGGACAUAUUUCUGAAGACAAAAACGGAGUAAAAUCAAAAUACGAUGCAGCGGAUGAAGAGACAGAUGAAGAGGUCUUGAACGUUCAAGAUUUGGUAGAUUUCUCACCUGUUUACAGAUGUCUCCAUAUAUACUCAAUUUUGGGUGAUAAAGAAGUAUUUGAAAACUACUAUAGAAAGCAGAGAAGAAAACAAGCAAGAUUAGUUCUGCAGCCCCAGUCCAACAUGCAUGAGACUGUUGAAGGUUACAGAAAAUAUUUCAGCCAAAUUGCUGGAUUUUUUGUUGUGGAAGAUCAUAUUUUACAUGUAACGCAAGGACUAGUGACUGGCACUUACACCACAGAACUGUGGAAUAUGGCGCAGUCGAAGAUCAUAGCUGUCCUUCGAACACAUUCGUCGUAUUGCACUGACCCCGACCUUGUCCUGGAGCUGAAGAACCUGAUUGUUGUGUUUGCUGAUACUCUGCAGAGCUUUGGUUUUCCAGUUACUCGACUGUUUGAUCUGCUGUUUGAAGUAAGAGACAGAUACAAUGAAACACUGCUUAAAAAAUGGGCAGGGAUAUUCAGGACUAUUUUUGAAGCAGAUAACUACAGUCCUAUUCCUGUAGCUAAUGAGGAGGAAUACAGAAAUGUUAUCAGCAAGUUUCCGUUCCAGGACACAGAGACUGAUAAGAAACCAUUUCCAAAGAAACUUCCGAUAUCUCAGUCAGUUCCUCAGAUUUACUCGCAGGUGAAAGAGUUCAUCUACGCAAGCCUUAAAUUCUCAGAGUCACUCCACAGAAGCUCCACGGAAAUUGACGACAUGCUCCGAAAAUCUACCAAUUUGCUUCUCACCAGAACACUGAGCGGCAAUUUGCAGAAUGUCAUCAAAAAACCACACAUAGGUUUAACAGAGCUAGUGCAGAUCAUCAUCAACACCACACACCUGGAGCAAGCCUGUAAAUACCUGGAGGAAUUUAUUACAAAUAUUACAAAUAUUUCACCCGAAACAGUGCACACGACAAGACUUUAUGGACUUUCUACAUUUAAGGAUGCAAGACAUUCAGCUGAAGAGGAAAUAUAUACAAAACUCAACCAAAAAAUAGAUGAAUUCAUUCAGUUAGCCGACUACGACUGGACCAUGUCUGAGCCAGAUGGAAGAGCCAGUGGGUACUUAAUGGAUCUGAUCAAUUUUUUAAGAAGCACAUUUCAGGUUUUUACUAAUUUACCCAAUAACAGCAAUGAUCACGCAGCUAUGUCGGGAAAGGUGGCGCAGACAGCCUGCAUGUCAGCCUGCAAACAUCUAUCCACGUCUCUAACACAGAUGCUGCUGGACAGCGAUCUGAAACAGAUAAGCAUGGGAGCCAUUCAGCAAUUUAACUUAGAUGUCAUACAGUGUGAAUUGUUUGCAAGUUCGGAUCCUGUCCCUGGGUUUCAGGAGGAUACCCUGCAGUUGGCGUUCAUUGAUCUCCGACAACUGCUGGACCUGUUUAUGGUGUGGGACUGGUCAACUUACUUAGCUGAUUAUGGACAGCCAACCUCCAAAUACCUGAGAGUGAAUCCAAGCACAGCCCUGAUUCUGCUGGAGAAGAUGAAGGACAGCAGCAAGAAGAACAACAUCUUUUCUCAGUUCAGAAAGAAUGACAGAGACAAACAGAAGUUAAUGGAGACUGUUGUGAAGCAACUCAGGAGUCUGGUGAACGGGAUGUCUCAGCACUCGUAACAUUCAGCUCUGCACAACCCUAUCCACAUCUGCUCUUAUAUCAGUCAAGAGAUUCACUGCCCUCAUAUUAGUCAUGGGAUAUCCAUUUGUGCUCCAUUGUCCCAAUAGCAGACAGGGAAUAGCCAUAAUGUCAUCCACUGCCUUCAUACCGAUCAGGGGAUUCUAAUAUUGUGCAUCACUGCCUUCAUAAUAGUUAUGGAAUAGCAUUAUUUUGCCCCACUGCCCCUACACCAGUCAUGGAAUACCCAUAUUGUGCCCCUGCAUCAGUCAGGGAAUACCAAAAUUGUGCACCAUUACCCCCAUCUCAAAAAAUUUUGAGAUUCGACUUGAAGGGAUACAAGUGUAAGCCGGACAAGGAGUGCGAACUUAUCUAAACCGUUUUUGGCUUUUAUUUGACCAUUACCCACAUAUCAGUCGGGGGAUACCAAUAAUGUGCACCAUUACCCCUAUACCAGUCAGGAGAACUGUAUAAUGUACAUUACUACCAGGGCUGUAUUUAGAUCCGAUGCUGCCCUAGGUACCGGACCUAAACACGCCCUUUCGUUGUGCGUGUGACAUCACACGCCGUAUGCCGCAGAAGUGACAUCAGCACGCAAUGUGCUUGACGUCGCUUCUGCAUGAAUCCUCCCCUCACACACCCCCAGCUCGGUCACCGGAUCUCCUAUGGAAAUCUGUGGCGGAAGGUGGGGGAAUUUUUUAAAAAAACAACAAAAGAUGGCAAAAAUAGGCACCUGAGGGCUGCCUCCAAAACCGUGCCGCCCUAGGCACAGCCCCUCGGGUGCCUUAAUAUAAAUUAGGCUGCAUGCCGACCUUAAAAUGGGGCCGCCCCUACAAUCAUGCCAUCCUAAGCCCAGGCCUUUGUGGCCUCACCACAAAUCCGGGCCUGCCCACAUAUCAGUCAAAGGAUACCAAUUAUGUGCGCCACUGCCCCCAUACCAGUCAGGAGAUACCCAUAUGAUAUGCCACUGCCCUCUUACCAGCAAGGGGUUUCACGGGGUGCCACAUUUGUCAAAGGUCGAAUUU